UCGUACAUCGUUUACUUGGGAUCUCACUCUCAUGGCCCUGAAAUCUCUCCCUUGGCUCUCGCACGCGUAGCUGAAUCACAUUAUGCAUUGCUCGGAUCCUUUUUGGGAAGGCAACAGAUAUAUGACUCCAUCUUUUUCUUUGUGCCUUUGCCUAUAAUCUUAAUGUUUGAUAUAAUCCUCAUGCAUCUUAACAGUCAUGAGAACGCUAAAGACGCAAUCUUUUACUCCUACAAGAGACACAACAAUGGCUUUGCAGCCAUUCUUGGAGAAGAAGCAAUUCAAGUCUCUCUUUCUCUUUUGAAGCAUCCGAGUGUGAUCAAUGUGUUUCAAGACAAAGACAAGAAGCUGCACACAACACAUUCAUGGGACUUCAUGCAGUUGGAGAAGGACGGUGUGAUCCCUACAAGUUCCUUGUGGUCAAAAGCAAGAUUUGGUGAAGACACAAUCAUCGGCAACCUUGGCACUGUUUGUACCUUUGCCUAUAUUCUUAGGCAUCAAGUGUUUGGUUCGAAUCCCAAAGCUUUAGCUCAGAUGGACUGA